AAAUGGAGAAUGGUUGUAUGUCAUCUGUUUUAGAUGCGUCAUUUAUUUUAUCUUUUUGUGUUUUACCAAAUUAAAUGAAGUGUGUUGUUUCCAUCAAUCAAACGUGAAUCGUGGUUAUUUGAAAUGGAAGAGCGUGUGAGGAAGUAUAGGCAGCUGAGUCCAGAGAGAGCCAAAGUGUGGAGAGAGAAAUCACCAAAAUAUGAGCAACAACAGCCAAGUCAAAGUGAUGGGAAAGUGCCAGUGGUAUACUAUCUUUGUAGAAAUCAACAACUUGAGCAUCCUCAUUUCAUGGAAGUAACCAUGUCUUCCCCUGAUGGUCUAUACUUGAGGGAUGUAAUCAAGAGGUUUAACGUUUUGAGAGGCAAGGGAAUGGCUUCAUCUUAUUCUUGGUCCUGCAAGAGAAGCUACAAGAAUAGAUUUGUGUGGCAUGAUCUUUCUGAAGAUGAUUUGAUUCUUCCUGCUCGUACUACUGAAUACGUUCUAAAAGGCUCCGAGUUUUGUGAAGAAUUAAAUUCAGGUCGAUCCAGUCCUGCGAAAAAUGAGAAAUUGUCAAAUCGAAAAGUAUUACCAGAACCUCCAAGCCAAUAUGAUACCUCUCCUCCGUCUAACACGAAUGAAAGAUGCGCAAAAAACUCUUGUGAUGGUGAACCAUCACUUCCUGCUGUAAAGGCAAACAGCGGUAAUGCUAAUAUGUGUGAUGUCCUGGCUGAUGCUUCCGUUCAGAUUCAUGAAAAGACAAACACGGCUAAUACAACUCAUAAUAAUAUUUGUACAAGAGGCAUUUCAACGGAUGAUAGGUCAUGUGCCGUUGAAAUAAAUCAGGUUCAGGUUAACGAGUUAACAGAGAUACGCGUGGAGUCAGACACACUUCCACCAGAUACUUUAAUAUCUCUCAUCAGAUCAGAUGUUAGCAAGCUCAGCAGCUUCAGGAAACUUGAUAGUGAGGAGUGUCGCGUUCCAUCAAAGCUAAAGCCUCAUAAUAUGCUUAUGCAACUAAUUUCUUGUGGAUCAAUUUCAGUUAAGGAUCAUAGAUUUGGCUUUAUACAUACAUACAAACCAAGAUUAAAUUUAGGAAAACUUGAUUGCAUUACAAGGAAUAAGAGUUUAAUGGGUUUGAAUUUGGAAGACGAGGAAUAUAUCUGUGCAAGCUGGACGGAGUCUACUAUCCCCAAGGAAAACCAGUCAUCCUUCGUCACUGCUGAGAGGACAAAUAGAAAGCCUGAAGAUUCAGUUCAAAGUAAAGAGGGGGCAAGUUCUAGAUGCUCAAAGUACGUUAGACAUUCCACCACCAAUGUGCCAAAAAAUGAGUCAUGGAGAUGAUCCCAUAUUUCGGAAGGAGAAACAUGAAGUUUGCGAAUCAUAAAUCCUUUUUGAGUAUAGACUGUUAUAGAAAUGAGAAAGAAAAUGUGGUUAGAAUUGAAGGAGAUCAAGUUCACAAAUUUCCAGAAUUGCUUAGAUUAUAAUCUAUAUGGUCAAAAAUCUCUUGUAUUUAUUUGAACUGGUAUAGGAAAACAGAAUGUGGAAAUGUGUUGUUUUGAUUCUCUUACAAAUACUCCUUUGUUGCAACUGGUGUAUACAGUAUACCAUAUUUGUCCCAAUUAAGGAUGCUGAAUAGUUAACAAGUAUAUUUAGGUGUUUGAAUUGAA